CACCAUACUGUUUCCAUGUCACCAUUCAGUUGUAAAAGCGAAUCUACAUUAUUUUUCUUCAUAGCUGUUCCUAGUCAUGUUGCCAACUUUGAGCAACGAUCUUCAAUUAGAAAGUCGUGGGGGAGUGUGGCUAAAUCAGACCCCUCUCUUAAAAUCGCUUUCUUUGUUGGAACAUCAGAGAACAGUCGAAUAGAUGACAUUUUAACAAAGGAAAAGCAAAUUCAUAAUGACAUCAUUGAAGUUGAAACUAAGGAAAAGUAUGAAAUGUUGGCGAGGAAGUCAAUUAGCAUAUUAGAGUGGAUUCAUAACAAUUGUAACCAUGCUAAAUAUUACCUUAAAGUAGACGAUGAUAUCUUCUUAAAUAUCAGGAAUCUUUUAGAUGAUCUCCGACACAGGGAACGAACUAAUUCUAUUAUUGGAUGUAAAGUGAAAGAUACUUCGCCUUUCAGAUUUCCGUUUUCAAAAUGGUACUUAUCUCGUGAUCAGUACAGUGCUGAUACAUUUCCAGAUUACAUCAGCGGUCCAGCUUACGUCAUCACCGGUGAUAUUCUGUCUGAACUUUACUUUGCAACAAAAAUUGCGCAAUAUAUUUUCUUGGAGGAUGUCUUUAUAAAUGGAAUCUGUAGAAAAUACAUUAAUGCCGUGGCUGAGGGGCAUCCCGGAUUCAGUUGUGGAUAUAGAGAUCAAGGACCAUGUGGGACACACUUUGAAAACAAAAUUACAGGGCAUCAUUAUUACCCUAAAGAAAUAGAGAGAAUGUGGAACGAGUUAAAUGAUAAACACCACACUUGUCCACUGAAGCAUUCUAUAUGGAUUUCAAAAAUAACUGAUUUCUUUAAUUUUUAA